AUGUCUUCCAACUCGUCCAACCUGGUCACGCUCUCUUCGCUCAAAUACGUCCACCCCACGACCCUGGGUCCUCUCCUGCUCGAUCCCACCGAGAAGGCCAAGAUCGCCAUAAUAGACGUCCGUGACUCUGACCACAUCGGUGGCAACAUCCACGGCAGCACAUGGAUCCCCCUGCAGCAACUGGACGUGAGAAUGCCCGAGCUGCUACGGACACUGAAGGACAAGGAAAAGGUGAUUUUCCACUGCAUGCUGAGUCAACAGAGAGGGCCAAAGGCGGCCUUGACAUACGCGAGAGCGAAAAAGAGGGCCGACGCCAAAGAAGCUGCUGAGCAGGCGCAGUCGCAGGAGGAAGAAGAGGCGAAUCAAAACAGAACGGAAUCGUCACCACAACAGGAGAUUUGCGUGCUGGAAGGCGGAUUCGGCUCCUGGCAAGCACGGUUCGGCGAGGAUCCGAGGCUCACAGCAGAUUAUCAGCCGGACCUGUGGUUUUGA